AUGGUAGACUGUCCUGCUAGUACCAGCCUAUGUCUACGUGUAGGAGGUCUCCUCCGGGUUCAGCUGGAAAAAUAUUUAACGCUUGAGCAUGCCUUAGAUUCUCUCAAAACAUCCGCAAAGGCGGCUCUUGCUAGCGAGGUGAUAUCGUUCAUUGAUUUUCAUGCCAUUCACAAGCACACACUCUCGGAUUCGCCCAGUUGCCCACAGCUAUGGGAACUUUUUAUUGAUUGCGAUGUAAUUAUCCCUAAGCCUUCGGUGCCCCCAAGAAAUGCUGUAGUCCAAAAAAGAGUAGAUGCACUUCGGAUAAAAUUUGAGAACGAAAGCUACCGUCGCAUGACAGAAGGGAUAAGUCCCCCAUUGAGUUGCGGCCGAUGCCUUCCCAAGACUGGAUCUAUUCACGACCUAAAAUGCAUCAACAGACAGAUUUUGAUGUUUAUAAACUUCAUAUUGGUUGUCGCUGGCGCCUUCGUAUUUGGAUUUUAUGCUGCAAAUUUAUUCAGUUAUAACGGGCCUGUGACUAUAGGCUACCGCAUAAUUUCCGGUUCUAUCUUCGCCUUGAUUGUCUUUAUCGCUGAUGUAUAUUUUCUCGUAAGAAAUUUAGACUCCCUCGAGGCAGUCUCUUAA